AUGUGCCAGGAGUUCGAGUGUGGCCCCACGGAUUUUGUGAUGCUGGUGUGCGAUGGCAUCUCGGAAGGCGGCUUUUCGAACGAGGCCGCUGUGAAAUUGGCAGCAGAGAGGCUGCACAUUGCGGAUGGCCAACCGGUUGAUCCCGGCGAGGCAGCGAUGGCCGUAUGCACGGAGGCGACAUCUGCUUGGGGUGGCCUGAUCACCUGA